UUACGUUUUUCAUCUAUUGUUGACCAUGGCAGCGGAGGGGGACUUUCUGAUGAGAUAUCGUGCUGUAUCAAAUAAAUUGAAAAAACGUUUUCUUCGGAAACCCAAUGUAGCAGAAGCAAGUGAGCAGUUUGGUCAGUUGGCUAAAGAGCUGAAGCAGCAAGACUGCCUUCAGUAUGCAGCCUUCUGUGACCUUGCAAUGGCAAGGUGUGAGCAGACUCUUUUCAAUGCUCCUGGGGAGGCCCUGGCCCUGACCGAUGCUGCCCGGCUCUUCCUGCUCUCUGAGAAGGAGAACAGAGCACUACAAGCCCCAGGCUUCGACGAGCACCUGCAGGCCGCACUCAACUGCUACAGCUUUGCCAUCAAGGUGUACAUUGAGAUGAACCAGCCUGUCAUGGCUGCCAGUCUAUCUCUGGAACUUGGCAAUGCCCUCAAGGAGAUGAACAGACCAGGUGAGGCCAUAGUUCACUACCAGAGAGCAGCAGAACUCCAGACACAGCAGCCCAUUGAGUCUCUGCUGUCUAUGGGAGAGAUGGCCACCUGCAAAAUACUCACCCGUGACUAUGACGGCGCGCUGUCCGUGCUGACAGAGAUGCAGCUGAUGUGUCAGGAGAGGGGACUGCAACUGCCCGGCACCAGCACCCCCGUUGGUGCAUUUCUGGACAUUGUGGCCAAGUGUGAGAUUUCUAGAGUACUUUUACUGAUGCUGCUUGAGCCUCCUCCCCAGAAGUUGUUGCCAGAACAUGCCCAGACCCUGGAGAGAUACGCCUGGGAGUCGUUUGACCCUCAUAGUCAGGUGACCUUCCUACCUGAGAAUGUCUUCCUGCUUCUGCAGUCAGUUGUGAUGGCUUGCCAGGAAAAAGACACAGAGUCCCUCAAGUCUCUUCAACCUGAACUCUGGCCUCUUCUCUCAGCAGAGCAGAACCACCUCCUUCACUUGGUGGUGCAAGAGCGGAUCACCCCCUCUGGACAGGGGAUUUAGUACAGUCCAAAUCAACUCACUACACCCCCUCGGAAUGACACAUAAUGGAACAUUCCUGUCUCUGUCUUGGUCUGUUGUAGGGCCUCUUGAAUAAUGUUUUGGUGGGGUUGUUUUUUCUAAAAAAAAAACGUGGGAACCGGACCAAGCAUGUCAUUGGACAUACUGUACAUCUUACUGCAUCCCCUGUUAUGCCUAUUAGUGGUCGCAGGAUUGCUCUCGUGGUGAAGUCUUGCAUCAAAUAGUUAUUUAUUGGAAAUAUGUUGAAUAGAUGAAAUAUGAAUGAAAAAUAUGCUUUUUUUUCUAGCGUUUUUAUUUUGUUAAUAAAUUGUAUAGUCUGAACAAACAUGGCUUAAAUUCCAAUGUAAUUACAAAACAGAAUCCCUCUACUGCAUUAUAAUAAAUGGUGAUAUUACAUACACCGCAUUGA